GAACUUUUCUUUUUGAGAUAUUCUUCACAAAGAAGAAACCCUUUAAAAGAAUCCCACAAGAUCCGAACUUUAGGGUUUAAUCUCCCUUCCACUCUCUCCAUCCUCUUCCCGAGUCAUUCAAAGACCCAAUCUUUCUCCGAAAAUGCCAUCAACAAACACAACUUACGGCACCAUCACCUCCGCCCCAACCCUCAUUUCCUCACACGCCAAACACACGCGCCGCCCAUGGCAGGAACUAUUCUUCCUCUCCUCUUUCUCCUUCCCUAUAUCCGCCGCCGAUGUCAAAGACCGGAUAAAGCUUAAUGUCUCCUACUUCCGGGUAAAUUACGUAAUUACAGCGCUAACGAUCCUCUUCUUGACUCUCCUUUGGCACCCCACUUCGAUGAUAGUUUUUCUGAUAGCUUUCAUAUUCUGGUGGUUCUUGUACCUCUUUAAUGAUAACCCAGUAGUUAUUUUCAACAAAACAGUGGAUGAUAAUGUUGUUUUGGGGGCUUUGAGUUUCGCUACUGUGCUUUUAUUGGUAUUGACGCAUGUGGGUGUUAAUGUGUUAGUUGGGUUGAUUAUUGCGGUGGUUGUUAUUGGUGCUCAUGCUGCCUUUAGAGGAACUGAGGAUUUGGGUUUCCCUGGUGAAGAAGAGGAAAAUGGGUUGCUUUCUGUUGUUGGAAGUCAGCCUUUGAGGCCAACUUCUGGAUAUAAUAGGAUUUGAUUCGAUCUCUUUGGUGUCGAAUUGUUGCAAAAAUUUGUUUUUAUGGGUGUUGAUUUGAAGUGGUGUUUAACUUUGAGGUUGUGGAAAAUGGAGUGGAGGAAUUGGUUGUUUCAUUUUUGUUGAAUGAUCCUAUUAAUGGUUAGGCUUUUGGUUUAGGUCUGGCUUGUGGUUAGGUGCUAUUAGUUUAAUCUUUGAGGUCGAUAGUGUUGGAGUUCUUACUUGUUACAUGCAUGAAUUCAUCCUUGUGGUUGGU